GAAAGUCUGAUAUUCCCCGACUUUCUACGAAUUUUAUGCUGGCAUUAAUAUUGCCAGCCUAUCUGUCUACUCCAUAGUGUUCGAAUCUUUGUCCCGUCAACAAGCAUAUUUCCUGGUUGUGUUAAUAGGCGUGAACAUAUUUACUACAUUUUACAGCGAAGAUAUUGAAAGAGAUGGAGGCCGAAGCAACGGUGGAGCUGAAUCCGCCAGAAAGUAAAGAACCAGCGGAGCAGGCUCAAGACAAACAGCCAGUGGUGACAUUUUCGAAGAAGAAAAGGCAGCCACAAAAAAAGAAGAAGCAAAAUGCUGACAUAGUGUACAUGAAGGGAUCAUCUCUCGAGUCUUUGCCUCCUCUUUCAAAACAGUUGUCGACUGUCCACGAUGGCAUUAUUGGUCUUAUGUGCGUUUGGGAGUAUCGCAGCCCGAGUAAGUCUGUCCCACCUCACUAUCAGUGCAAACUGUGUCUUGUGUCCUGCACGCAAAGUGCCAUGAUUGCACACAUCAAAAGCUGGAAACACAGUUUCAAGUACAUGAAAAAAUUCCACCCAAACAAAACUAACUGGCAAGUGGAAGAGGUCACGAAAAAUUCUGCUCUAAAGAAUAAAGUGAAAGAAGCUGCCCUCGAGGUAGAAAAAAUAGAAGGACAGGGGAAACCUAGAGUGGUACUUAAGGAGCCGUAUGAAGUACCAGCUUUCCAAGGACUUACUACAGCAUUACCGAGAACUAAACGUAAAACUAGGCAAGGAAAGGGACCAAGACCACCACAUUUCGGUCCCAGGUUCUCAGACCAAGCAUUUUCAACAGAAUACGCUCCCCUUGCAGAUCCUCCAAACUACCAAGAUGAAGAUUUUAGGGAGCGUAGCAUUGGAGACUACUCGUAUGAGGAAGAUUUUUCUGACUCAGAUUUAAGAUCUUAUCCACACAAAAGAGGCAAUUACCUUGUUAGAGAUCGAGAUAUUUUUGGAGCUGACAAUGGAAGAGAAGACUACAGGAGUGGGCUUGUUGAAGAGGACCAGGGUAGACCAUAUUAUGAUGACUACCGUGACAUUGAAAUUGACAGAGAAAUGGAUGGGCAAUUGGAUAAACCUGGAUUAUUGGAAGAACCUCAAAGCCAGAACACUCGUAGUACAUUGCUGAGCUACCUGGAUACCUUCAGAAUAGAGAAUGAGAAUGACGCACAACUGGUUCUGAAAGUGACACAGAAACUAACAGAUGCACUGAUGGACUACAGACUUCGGAGUACUUCAUCAGGACCAAGUCUGAGCAGCUCCUCAAUGAACUCCACUGAUCUGAUGAACUACUCUUCAUCAUCCAUGUUCUCAAAUGACAGAUACUCCAGUAGUCUUUCAGAUCCACAUGGGUACCAUGGUAAUCGACGGAGAUAUUACAAAUGAUGUGGCGUCACCCUUCAAGUCUUAGGUGCAUCACAACAUUGUAAACUUCAUUUUUUUAUAAAUGUAAAGUUAGUUUAAAUUGUGCAUUACUUCUUGUUUGCAACCAUUUUUUCUCACUUUGUUUAAUCCUUUUAAGGUCCAGUCCUAUUAAAGAUUGAGGGGAAAAACCGG